CCCGCACUCGUACCCCAAAUAUACUACAUACAAUAACUCAUUGUAUUUGUUGUUUUGUUGCAAACAAAAUUCUUUAAUCGUGGCCACCAAUAACAAAUCAAAUAGACGCAAUAAAAUGGCCAAUUCCGGUGACAUCUGGCUGCAAUGGUUCUCCUGCUGUUUCCAUCAACCCCAAUCGCCGUCACGGCGAAGACACCAACGUUUACGCAUCGAUCGCUCAAUGAUUGGUAAUCCAACGAAUUUUCAGCAUACCGGACAUAUCGGUUCGGCCGAUGUGGAAUUGUCCACAAAUCACUUAAAUGCAAUACAGACACAAAUGCAGAGUAAGGGGGGCUAUGAGAUGAAUUCAAUACAAUUGCAGGCCUGCUGAUAGUAUUUUUAAGUUUUUAACCUAUGGACUUUUGGCCUAAAGUUUGUUAUUAAAUUUGCUGAUAAAAUUGAAAGAAAGAAAAAAAAGAAACUAAGAAAAUAAAGAGUACAGAGUGUAAUUGAGUUGAGUUGUUUUUAAGGACUCUGUAGUGCAAUCUCGCUUUUAUUAAUUGUUAAGCUGUUUAUUAUAAGAAAAUUUUUUUAUAGAGAAUAAACCACUCCCCCAAACCGCACUCUUUAAGCAGCCGCCCCUCUGAAGCGUUAACGGAAAGAAGAGUAAGUGUGAGAGAGUAUUUAUAUACUUUUAUUAAUUUGUAAUUUUUUUAUAAAAAAUAUUAAAAUCAGUUGUAUUUAGAUUUUAUAAUACAAAGAAAACAUAAAAAACAACAACAUUCAAUUGGGCCUUCAUUUUAAAAUAAAAACAAAAGAAAGAAAGAAAAAGAAUUUUAAGAAAAUCUGUUUUAAAAACAAUUUUACUUUCUUUUGAAAAUCUAUUAAAUAUUAAUUAUAUAUGUAGAAUUAUAAGUACAUGUGGGUACUUAAUUUUUCUGUUUUGUAUUUAUUAAUUCAAAUAACUAUAAUGAUUUUAUAUAACUAUCAAUUAACAUGGAAAAAGAAAUGUAAAGCAAUAUUUAGAACAAACAAAAAAAGUGGCUAGAAAUUUAGAGAAAAGAGAGAGAAUUAAAUGUGUUAUCACUUUACGGGAUAUCAAUUGCAAGUGAAUGCCAUUUACAGUAACAAAAAAGAAGCAAAUGUUAUAACACAGUGGUAAAUUCAUGUUUUCUGUUAUGAAACGGUUUUCGUUUAAUUUUUAUUAAAAAAUGGUUUCAUUUAAGUGUUUUUUUUCUUAAAUUACUAACAAAUAUAGAGACUUAUUAAAUUAAAAUUACUUAAACUUGCAUUUAUAAAACAAAAAAACCAACUUAAUUAUGAAAAUAGUUGAAGAACAAAUCUUUAAAUUUCCAUUUUUCAAUUUUAAUUGUAAAAUUUUUAUAAACACUGAUCUUUUGAGAACAAAACAAUAAUGAUUUCUCUCUAUUUGCAUUUAAAUAAAACGCACAAUUUUCAAACGAACAAUUAAAUCAAUCACACACAAAACAACUUAAAUUGUCCAUGGCAAAACAAAUUCAACAAAUUCUCUUGUGUAUUUUAACAAAAUAUCAAAUAUUAGCUUUAAGUUAAACAAAAUUUCUUGUUUUCUUUAUAAUGAAUUUAUUUUUUUUUUAUUUUUUUUUAGUUUUUUAGCACUUAACCAAUGUAUUUUAUAAAACAGAUCUUUAGUUUUUUUUUUGUAUUUAUAAUUAAAUAAUAAUGAAUGAAUGGUAUCAAUUAAAAAAUAUCUAAAAAUAAUAAUAAAUAAAUAAUGUAUGUACCUCCUUUUAAAUAAUCAUUAAUUAAUUAACCAUUUAAAUGUACUUGUAGAUUUGAAUAUUUUUUUUUUAUUUUUUUAAAUUAUUUAAAAAAAUUUCUUUUUGUUUUAUUAUUUAAUAUAUUAUUUAAAUAAAAUCAACCUUAAAAUUUA